CGGGCGUCUUCGCGCUUGACUAGCUUCCUGGUCGCUUCCCUGCCUACGGGCCUGUGAGCGGCAGGGUCGCGGGGCGGCGCCGGGCCGGGCCGUUGCGGCCCGCGAUGCGGCGCCUGGGCUCGGUGCAGAGGAAGGUGCCCUGCGUGUUUGUGACGGAGGUGAAAGACGAGCCGUCGGUCAAGAGGGAUCAUCAGCCAUUUAAAGUUUUGGCUACAGAAACUAUAAAUCACAAAGCAUUAGAUGCAGAUAUAUACAAUGCAAUUCCCACUGAAAAAGUAGAUGGAACAUGUUGUUAUGUCACUACCUAUAAAGGUCAGCCAUACCUUUGGGCCCGAUUAGACAGAAAACCAAAUAAGCAAGCAGAAAAAAGGUUUAAAAGAUUUCUAUAUUCAAAGGAAAACUCAAAAGAGUUUAUUUGGAAUGUUGAAGAGGACUUCAAAUCUGUUCCAGAAUGCUGGAUUCCAGCAAAGGAAAUAGAACAGUUAAAUGGAAAUCCAGUGCCUGAUGAAAAUGGGCAUAUACCUGGUUGGGUGCCAGUAGAAAAAAAUAACAAACAGUAUUGCUGGCAUUCCUCUGUGGUCAAUUAUGAGUUUGAACUUGCCCUAGUAUUGAAUCACCAUGCUGAUGACUCUGGACUUUUGGAAAUCAGUGCAGUGCCAUUGUCAGAUCUCUUGGAACAAACACUGGAGCUUAUAGGAACAAACAUUAAUGGAAAUCCUUACGGAUUAGGAAGCAAAAAGCAUCCAGUACAUCUUCUUGUGCCACAUGGAGCAUUUCAAAUAAAAAACCAGCCUGCACUGAAGCAUCAUGACCUGCUGUCUUGGUUUGAGGGUUGUAGAGAAGGAAGAAUCGAAGGGAUAGUCUGGCACUGCAACGAUGGCUGUUUAAUCAAGGUUCAUCGUCAUCAUCUCGGUUUACGGUGGCCCAUUCCAGAUACUUACAUGAAUUCACAACCAGUUAUUAUCAAUAUGAACAGAACGAGAUAUGACUGUGCUUUUGAUUCCAAGUGUUUGUUUAAUCAUUUUUCAAAGCUAGAUAAUCAAAAAUUUGGCAGACUCAAAGAUAUAAAACUAGAUGUAUGAAUUUGA